AUGUCUGCAUGUUCUCAACAUGGGAAACAUUUUGAACAUAAAUCGUACCUUUAUAUGCGGAAGAGAAUUCGUAAGGAUGAAAGGUCAUUUCCAUGUUCAGAAUGUGAGAAAUUUUUUAUUACAAAUGCAGAUCUUGUGGAACAUCAGAGAAUUCACACAGGAGAGAAGCCAUAUUCAUGUCCAGAAUGUGGGAAGAGUUUUAAGCUUAAGAAACAUAUUGUGAAACAUCUGGAAACUCACACAGGAGAGAAGCCAAAUUGCUGUUCAAAAUGUGGAAAACAAUUUGCCAAAAAAUCUAAUCUUGUUCAACAUUUCAGAACCCACACAGGAGAGAAGCCAUUUUCAUGUGCAGAAUGUGGGAAGGGUUUUAGUAACAAAUCACAUCUUAAUGUACAUCUGAGAACUCACACAGGAGAGAAACCGUUUUCAUGUCCUGAAUGUGGGAAACGGUUUACUAGAAAAUCACAUAUUGAUAUACAUCUGAGAACUCACACAGGAGAGAAGCCAUAUUCAUGUACUGAAUGUGAGAAGUGUUUUACUAUGAAAUCAAAUCUUAAUAAACAUCAGAGAAUUCACACAGGAGAGAAGCCAUUUUCAUGUCCUGAAUGUGAGAAGUGUUUUAGUAUGAAAUCAAUUCUUAUUGAACAUCAGAAAACUCACACAGGAGAGAAGCUAUAUUCAUGUCCUGAAUGUGGGAAAUGUUUUAUUGUGAAGUCACAUCUUGAUCGACACCAGAGAACUCACACAGGAGAGAAGCCAUAUUCAUGUCCUGAAUGUGGGAAAUGUUUUAAUGUGAAGUCACAUCUUGAUCGACACCAGAGAACUCACACAGGAGAGAAACCAUAUUCAUGCCCUGAAUGUGAGAAACGUUUUAUUGAGAAAUCAAAUCUUGAUCAACAUCAGAGAAUUCACACAGGAGAGAAGCCAUAUUCAUGUCCUGAAUGUAAGAAGUGUUUUACCGAGAAAUCAAGUCUUGUUAAACAUCUGAGAAUUCACACAGGAGAGAAGCCAUAUUCAUGUCCUGAAUGUGAUAAGUGUUUUACUGAGAAAUCACAUCUUAAGAGAAUUCAUAAGGAUGAAAGGUCAUUUCCAUGUUCAGGAUGUGAGAAAACUUUUAUUACAAAAGUAGAUCUUGUUGAACAUCAGAGAAUUCACACAGGAAAUAAGCCAUUUUCAUGUGCAGAAUGUGGGAAGAUUUUUAGUCGCAAAUCAAAUCUUAAUGUACAUCUGAGAACCCACACAGGAGAGAAACCAUUUUUAUGUCCUGAAUGUGGGAAACGGUUUACUAUGAAAUCACAUAUGGAUAUACAUCUUAGAACUCACACAGGAGAGAAGCCAUAUUCAUGUCCUGAAUGUGAUAAGUGUUUUAGUGAGAAAUCACAUCUUGUUAAACAUCAGAGAAGUCACACAGGAGAAAGGCCAUUUUCAUGUCCUGAAUGUGAAAAGUGUUUUACUAUGAAAUCAAAUCUUAUUGAACAUCAGAAAACUCACACAGGAGAAAAGCCAUAUUCAUGUCCUGAAUGUGGAAAAUGUUUUUAUGUGAAAUCACAUCUUGAUCGACAUCAGAGAACUCACACAGGAGAGAAGCAAUAUUCAUGUCCUGAAUGUGGAAAAUGUUUUAAUCAGAAAUCACAUCUUGACAAACAUCAGAUAACUCACACAGGAGAGAAACCAUUUACAUGUCCUGAAUGUGGAAAAUGUUUUUAUUAUAAAUCAAAUCUUGAACAACAUCAGAGAAUUCACACAGGAGAAAAGCCAUAUUCCUGUUCUGAAUGUGAUAAGUGUUUUAUUGAGAAAUCAAAUCUUGUUCAGCAUCUCAGAAUCCACACAGGAGAGAAGCCAUUUUCAUGUGCAGAAUGUGGGAAGUAUUUUAGUCACAAAUCACAUCUUAAUGUACAUCUGAGAAGUCACACAGGAGAGAAACCAUUUUCAUGUCCUGAAUGUGGGAAACGGUUUACUAUGAAAUCACAUAUUGAUAUACAUCUGAGAACUCACACAGGAGAGAAGCCAUAUUCAUGUCCUGAAUGUGAUAAGUGUUUUAGUGACAAAUCACAUCUUGUUAAACAUCAGAAGUUACAUAUGAGAGAUAACAUAUUCAUGUCCUGA